UGAUUGAUACCAUUAUUAUCAUGCAUGCAUUGUACACUUCACUAGCAUAAAUAGAUCAUUCACCAUCAUCAUCAACCACAUCCAAAUCAAAUACUCUUUACUCAAAUAAGCCAUGGCCAAUCUUCUCCGAACCCUAAUUCCUCUCCUCUCCUCCAUCGUCGUCCUCCUCCUCCUCGCCACGGCACGGUCCCAAUCGACGUCGUUCACCUACCACUUCCCGAGCGAAGAAAACGACGAUCCGCCGCGCAAGCUCAAAUAUCAAGGCGACGCCCAGUUCAAUUGGCAUUCCUACUCCCUCCGCCUCACGGAACCAACCCCCGGAAAAACCGGCAAAGCUGUCGGCCGAGUCAUAUACUCGUCGCCGGUAUACUUCUGGCGCCCUGGGGGAAAGUCGACGUCGGAACUACCGUCGGCCCAAUUAUGGCAAACCGGGGGGCAGGUCGACUUCGAAACCACCGUCGAAUUCAUCAUCACGCCUGCCCGCGGAAAGUCCGUUGCCGCCGACGGCAUCACGUUCUUCGUCGCCCCCGUCGGCUCCACCAUCCCCAGCGACUCUGGCGGAGCCAACCUCGGAAUCUUCAACUGCUCCGGCGGCAGCCCCUCGGUCUUCGCCGUCGAGAUCGACACCUACGGCAACGGCGAGUGGGAACCGGACUAUCCCCACAUCGGCAUCGACAUCGGGUCUAGGUUAUCCCGCAACACGACGCAGGUCGACAGCUCCAUAAUCGGGCAGCAGGUGACGGCGACGAUCAACUACGCCGCAGCCACGAAGAUGAUCGCCGUCCGUGUCACCGCCGGCUCGAAGACGUUUGAGGUCAGCUAUGAGUACGAUUUGAGCAGUUUUCUUCCUCAGUCGGUUCAGGUCGGGCUCUCCGCCGCUACCGGGGAAUUCGUCGCAAGCCACGAGAUCAAGGCGUGGUAUUUCACGGCCACCCUUGUGUCUAACAGUGCUGGCAACAAUAUUCGUCAGUAUGUGUGAUUUUGUGAUGUGUGUCGUAAACCAGUAAGGUCUAAGCGAUCGAGUCUGCUGUCGUUACGUCUAGAAAUAAAAUAAUCGACCAUCUCUGUGUGUGAUUUCACGGCCACCAUGGUGAAAGAGUGCUUUUGUAUGUUGUUCUAGUUUUAUGAACUUUGCAAGGUAAUCUAUGGAAGAUUUCAUUA